AUGUCAUCAAGACCACAAGUUUCUGUUAUUUCCGUUAAAGGUGAACAAGGUUCAUCCCAAUUACCAUUACCAGCUGUUUUCGCUGCUCCAGUCAGACCAGACUUAGUCCACUCUGUCUUUGUUAGAGUUAACAAAAACAAGAGACAAGCUUACGCUGUCGCUGAAAAUGCCGGUCACCAAACCUCUGCUGAAUCAUGGGGUACCGGUAGAGCUGUUGCCAGAAUUCCAAGAGUUGGUGGUGGUGGUACUCACCGUUCCGGUCAAGCUGCUUUUGGUAACAUGUGUAGAGGUGGUCGUAUGUUUGCUCCAACCAAGACUUGGAGAAGAUGGAAUGUCAAAGUUAACCAUAACGAAAAACGUUAUGCCACCGCUUCUGCCAUUGCUGCUUCUGCUGUCACUUCUUUGGUUUUAGCUAGAGGUCACAGAGUUGAACAAGUUAAAGAAUUACCAUUGGUUGUCUCUAACGAAUUCGAAUCCGUCACCAAAACCAAGGAUGCCGUUGCUGUUUUGAAGGCUGUUGGUGCCCACAAAGAUGUUGUCAAGGUUAUCAAAUCCAAGAAAUUGAGAGCCGGUAAAGGUAAAUUGAGAGGUAGAAGAUUCACCCAAAGAAGAGGUCCAUUGGUUGUUUACGCUCAAGACAACGGUAUUGUUAAAGCCUUGAGAAACGUUCCAGGUGUCGAAACCGCUUCUGUCAAACACUUGGGUUUGUUGCAAUUGGCUCCAGGUGCUCACUUGGGUAGAUUCAUCAUCUGGACCCAAGGUGCUUUCGAAUCAUUGGACUCUGUCUACGGUUCUGACUCCACCAAAUCAAUCAAAUCUGGUUACACCUUGCCAUCUAACAUCAUUUCUAACACUGAUGUUACCAGAUUGAUUAACUCCGCUGAAGUCCAAGCCGUUGUUAGACCAGCUGGUGAAAAGACCCAAAAGAAAUCUCACGUCUUGAAGAAGAACCCAUUGAAGAACAAACAAGUCUUGUUGAGAUUGAACCCAUACGCCAAGGCUUACGCUGCUGAAAAAGUUGGUUCUGCCAAGGUUGAACAAGCUAAAGUUAAACCAUCUAAAGGUCAAUUCGCUGAAGUUUUGAAAAACUAG